CUGUUAUCUGUUUGUGAGUCAUGUCAUGAAAUGGAAAUCAUAAUAAACAAUGACAAAGUUUCUAAAAUUAUAACAUCCUAAAUUUUCAAUAAAAUAUGACUUCAAUGGGUGAUGUCGAAAAUAGUCAAGUCGAAGUAACUUUAAACAGACCAAUUCGAAUUAUACAUUUUAGCGAUGGUGUAGAAGAAGAAAUUGAAGAAGACACCGUAGACGAAGUAAGCAGUCCUAAACCUGAAGAUAAUGUUGAUCCAUCAUUAUUAUCAUGGGCUCCAUGGUUCUCAUACUACGCAUGGAAAUCAGGCUCAAAAGUGUUAAACGCAGUGGACUAUGCAGGGGAAAGCUUAGCAAAUUUUUUCGGCAUCACAACACCAAAAUACCAAAUAGAGAUAAAUGAAUAUGAAAGAAUGGAGGAAGAAAAGAAGAGACUAGAAGAGGAAUCUAUUGGCUGGGUUCCGAAGAAUGCUGGGGGUGAUAUUCCAUUAGUUUUAAAUGAGCCUGGCAAAGGAAAUAAUCAACCACAGAGUUUGUAAUUUGCACACUUAUAAGUUUUUCAAUAUAUAAAUGAGAGACUGUA